GCCACACAGACAGUCACAGAAAGCGAAGGAGCAGGAGCUACGCGAGCUCCCUUAAGACUUUAAGUCCGAGUUUAAGUUUCAAGUGACGGAUAUCCGUGUGUGAAGGGAAAAUGAGGUUCACAAGGGCAAUACUUGUGACGGCUCUGUGUAUAUCAGUAGUCAGUUCUAAUCCUCUUCCUGGAGGCGAAGGACUUCAGUCACAGAUAGUCGAACAAAAGGUGAACAUGAUCGCGACUGAACUCUUCCGCAUCCUCGGCCCUGUUUUCCUGCGAAAUGCUCUUGGUAAAGGCGGAGCUGGGGGAGGCGGGGGCGGAGGAUCAAAAGAAGGCAGUGGGACAACGGUGACACUGGCAGGUCCAGUUUUCGAUGACGAUUUCGAUGAUGACUCAAUUUCAUCAAAAUCUGGUAUAAGCGAAGGUGGCUCUAAAGUCAAAGUUGACUUUGCAACAUUUCCACCUGAUGAAGAUGAUUUAGAAGACAUAGAUACUUCCACCAAAGCGUCUGAAGAUGAAGUAGAAGACAUGAGUACUUCCAGAAAAGCGUCGGACAAUCCGUCUUCUGAUGUGAAUCCCGAGGCGGAAAAUCAAGUCAGUGACAUUGGAGGAGAUCAUCAAGAAUCAGCAGCAGAAUCUCAAAACAACGAAGUUCGAGUUCAAUUUGCAGACGAUGCACCGAGAGAUGCAGCAAGCGAAGCUUCAGAACCCGCACUCGCACCCUUAGAAGAUAUUGAAGUCAGUGAUGAUGAAAACAGAAAUAAAAGGUUCCUCAACUUUGGUGGUAUCAGUGGCGGAACUGAUGGUGCAGCCGCUGGAGGCGGAAGUGGUGCUGGAUCCGGCAAUUUCCUCUUCGAUAUCAUCAGACAAGCAGCCGACGGGGCGGCAAGAGCGGCGGGCACAGUGUUUCGCGUGGUAGCCGGUACACAGAGCCUCGGGCUGGGCCUAAGCGCAUCUCGUGAUGUGGGCCCUGCUCCCCCACCCGCCGCCCCAGCUGCACCGGGUGCCCCCCCUGCGCCAGCUGCCCCAGCAGCAGCCCCAGCGCCCGGAAACGCCACGAAGCCAUCGCUAGUCGCCGGAAGCGGAAGCGCAGGUUCAAGUGGGCAGCCGCCAGCAGACCCAGCGGCAGGCGCUCCUUCACCAGGAGGUGCCCCAGAAGCAGUCCCUGGACCAGUCACGAGGCUCUUCGUCAUUGCGAAUCGAGGAAUUUCGAACCUUAUUCAGGAUUUGAUUCUUCGUUUGGCGGCUACCAGUGAGCGAAUUGUCAAUUUCAAGGCACGACUGAUCACCUCCAUCAUAUAGGAAACCAUUCAGACUAAAAAUUUCACAACGCAAAAAUAGAAAAAGCUGAGAUUUGAUGAUCCUCCUUAGCCAUCGGGACCAUCGAAAAAUUGCCGGAGGAUAUUAAGGCCACUGUGAAGGGAUUUUUGCCCCUCAUACCUGAAAUCCAAAUCGACAAUGUUUUGCCAGAGGAUUACCGACAAAGCAAAGGAAGUUCACCACAAAUUCCCUAUAUCAUAAUUUUUUAUCCCACAUCCUAGAAAAUGUUUCGUCGAAACAAUCAAAACACAAAUUUAAGAUUUUAUGCUCAUCUUUUUUUUCAUCUAUGCUUCGACGAAACUUCAUUCUUCAUCAAGCCCUCUUAGCCCUAUAAUUCAAAAAUUUUUAAAGAAAGAAUCUAGAAAAUUUUCUGUAAAUGCAGACUUUGAAAAAAAUCGUUAAAUUUAAUGAAUUCAAAAGAAAAGUGAAUAAGAUUUUUUUUUAAUAUUUAAGAAGUUUUCAAAUUUAAAUUCAAAAAGUAUUUAAUAUAUUUGAAUACCUUUAGAAUUAAAGUUUGUACAAUCUUCUUGUUUGGAUUCAGAGAUUACGAAAAAAUUGUUGUAACGGCUGAAUAAUGUUAGCAAUUUUUUAUUUCCGUUAUAAUAAUGAUAAAAGAACAGAAUGCAAGACAGAAUUAAUAAUUUAAAUUAAUUGCUCAAAUGCUGUGCGUUUUCGCACAGUUAUUUUAAUUAUUAAUUUGAUCGUUUGCGUAAUGUCCUUCAUUUCUUUUCAAUUCGUCGAAUUUAUCAUCGUCGUAAAUACAAAAGAAUGAUGGACUAUGUGACAGUUGUCUCGUUGCUCGUCGGUAAUUUAUAAAAAGCUUUUUUCGAUUCUGAAAGUCAACUUUUUCGACAUACCUACGAAAAAAGUUAUAAAAAAAAGUUUAAAAAAUGAAAAAUUAAGUUGAUUUUUUUCAAUCGAAAGAAUUUUUCUAGAAUCAAACAAGUUUUCCGAGCAACGGCUAAGAUCAGUCAGAAAGACGAAACCUUGUAUAUAGUGUUUGCUGCAACAGUGCCAAGCAUUGGUUGUUUUUACCAUUUAUUAUAUUGUAGAUUCCUUCCGCUACCUUUUUUUAUUAAUUUUAUUAAAAGGCUGUUGAAAACCUCAAUAUCUAAAACGCGGACUUGACGAGGCACGGAAUCCAUGAAAAACACCAGUUUAAUGACAAUUUCACGCGAAACUGAAAUGUAAUUGCCAAGGAAACCAAAGUUUCCAUUUUUUUAAAUAACUUUUUUGUGUUUUGCCGUGAAGUUUUUCAAAAAGAGAUUUCGACAUCAAU